UCACGCUGGGAGUCGUUUGUCAUGUUUUGUCGAAACAGUUUCCUUCUAGUUAUGUUUGUUGAAAACGAGCUCGUUUCAGCAAACAAUGACACGUUAAGGAAAUCUGCAUCUUCUCCAAUGCCCUUUAAUCAGACUUAUCUCGUCCGCUUGUCAAAUACCUAGAAUAAUCUGAUACUUGUUAUGUUGUUCAAAGAAUCCCUUUUUAUUAUGAUAAUGAUUCAAACCCAGUGAAAAUGUGUGUUAACGAAAAGAGUCCAGCGCCGUGCCAGAUUGCAGCACAGGAGCAAUGAACGCCCUUUCUGAAGUAUUCUGACCAAUGCUCUCGAUGGACGCAGAAGGAACAACACAAAUGGAAAAGAAACGUUCGCGUUCUUCAUCUUCUUCGUCGGGAAGCGGUUCUUCAUCCUCUUCAACGUCGUCCUCGUCAUCGUCUGGGUCUGAUUCAAGUAGUGAUAGCGAGAGCAGCAGUAGCUCCAGCAGCAGCAGUAGCAGUGCUAAUAGGCGAAAAGAUAGCAAAAGUCGAAUGAAAUCAAAGAAGACAUCUAAAGUUGAAAGCACUUCUUCACGUACUGCAACACAGAAAACAGCUAUCGAAAUACCUACUUCAAAACAUGGCACUGGAAGCAGCAGCAGUGGAAAAGUCGCUAAAUUGGCUUCACCUUCACCUUCUGAUCGUCGUGCUUCUCCAGUGAGCAAGAAACGCGAAACAAAAGUAGAGAUCCCUGUUAAAUCUAGUCGAGAUGAUCGCCGAAAAAUUACCACAGAUCGCAGCGAAAAGCAGCGACGCGAUCGAAGCAGCUCUCGUGAUCGUCAUGAAGAAAGCAAACGGUACGGUGACAAAGGAAAAGAACGACGAGAUCGAGACUGGCGUGAUAAGGAUAAGGACCGUGAUUCAUUGACUAAACAUAGUAGUCGUCAUCAUCAGGAUGAUCACCGGGACAGGGAUCGAAGGGGGGAUAGGCAUGCUAGCCGUAACAGCAGCAGCUAUAAAGAUGACAAACACGAUCGUCGUGACAAAGGUGAUGACCGUCAUGACCGGAAGGAUCGUGAACGUAGCCGAGAUCGCAAAGAAAAACGAGAUUAUGAAAAGGACCGUCGUAGUAGAAGAUCAUCUUCAAGGGACAGGAAACGCAAGUCCAGUGCCGAAAGAGGUAAACGAAGGUCUCGUUCAAAGAGCAAGUCACCUAUGAAAGUUGCUCCUGCUAAAAUACCACCUCUAAUGAGCAUACCGUCGACUUCCACACUAACUGCGCCAAUGUCAACUGUAAAAGCAGCACCACCGACAACCUACAUACCACCCCUAAUGGGUAUUAACGUGGCUCCCGUUGAUUUACCAACAAGAUCGAGCACCAGUGGGGAACUAGCAAUUGACGCCGUGAGCGCCAUGUCCCGCAGCUCGCUGAUUCGAAGCAAUGUAAAAGCGGCCCAGCUGGACAAAAUGGGCAUCGAUGUACUGCAACAGUCCAAAAAAGCUGCUGAGUCUGUACCGUUGCCUUCUUACUACAACCCCGGUGUCGUAAAUCCGGUCCGUUAUGCCGAUCAAGUGCAAAAACGAAAAUUACUCUGGAGCCAUAAAACGCCUGAAAGCAAGGAUGUUACCACAAACAUUAGCAAGUGGGAGCAAGCUAAAUUUUCCCAAGACAAGGACGGUAAAAUGGCAUCCAAGUUUUUACGCCUUAUGGGGGUGAAGGAUGGUCAGAAGGUAGCAACAGGGUCAUCUUCCAAGCCUGGCAGUAGUUCGGGGGAUAGUAUCAACAAACAAGAAGAACUUUUCUCAACAAUGGAACAGCAGUACGAGGUUGCACGGCAAGUGACUCACACGAUGCGGGGCGUCGGUCUCGGCUUCAGCUCUCAACCACGUACCUUCUAGAACAUACAAGCAAGAUGAGUGUGCGAUCACUAAAAAUUGAAAAUAUUUUAUCCUCCCACCCUUGGAGUCGUUUGCCAAAUAUGCUUACGGAAUAAAUUGUGUAAUGCUUCGCUUUGGGGCAGUGUUUUAUCUCUUUCAGGUCGGAUGUUAGCGAUCAAAUUGACGCAUGAAACUUGGUAAUGGUGGCGAGCGAAUUUAAUUGCGAUGUAAAAUGAAAUAUUGUGCACUGUGCACCGAUAAUGAUUAUGAUAAUUCAAUAAAUUUAAG